AUGUCCACUCCCCAGGCAUAUUUCGUAAAAAGUCCAUUAUCCCCGAUUAAGUACACAGCGUGGUUAUGCGGGGGCUGUAUCAUACAUCCGGUUUUUAUUCUGACAUCGACCAGUUGUCUUUAUGACGUCCACUUCGUGUAUGCUAUAGCUGGCUAUAAGAAAUAUGUAAGUUCAGAUAAGAUUGAAGAUGAUCCUUGUACAAAAAGACUGAAGAAGAAAGUCGUAGCGUGGUGUCGUGACACAGAUUUUUCGAUGAAAAUUGAUUGGAUCGAUUGGUGGAAUUGGAAUAACGUAGGUCUUGCAAGAGUGGAGAGCCCGUACGACUUCCUGGAUCGAUCAUAUUUAUUGCACUGUUCCUAUAUCCCGACUUAUAUAAACGUGAACUACCACAAAGAAUUCCAACGACCUGGAAGAGAUGUUGUCACUUUGGGCUGGGGAAGCUCACAAUAUUAUAGGCCUGAGGGAGAUCUAAAAGAUUACAAUGAAAAAACCCUAUUAUACGGAUCAUCUGUCAUUAUAACUAAAGAGGAAUGCCAUCCAGGGUACAAGCCGCAUGGUGGCAAAUUCGAUAAGCAUAUCAACAAACACUGGAUAUGCAUAAUACAGUUGCAUGGACGGUUGGAUGUCGAUGGAAAUAUAGUGAGAACGUUCUCCCAUCCCGUUGAAAGUUGUAACGAAAAACACAAAUUACGAAAUGCUAUGGUUCCAGAAGAGGUGUGA